AUGAAAUGUGUUAAGGUGAAUCCUAAAGGGUCAUCAGUGCAUGAAGCAGGGUGCAUGGAGGCAUCGAAUUUGCCGGUGCACCGACCCCCCCAAGCGCUGGCUGAGACUACCAGCAGCACCGAUGGACAUAUGGACCGGGGUGCACUGGUCACCGACGGACUGCCAGCUGCUUGGACGCAGGACGAAGUGAUCCAGAAACUGCAACUGCGUCUACGGCAGCUUAUGGACAUGAGGGUCGCGUCCGAAGAUUGCACCGUUGAGGCACACCCGAACGUCGCUGCACGCAGCAGCAAGCGGACAACCCAGCGGGUUCGCAUCACGACAACCCCAGCGGCAUAUCAUGCCCUGUACACAUUACGGAAGCAGCUGGGCCUGGAUGCGGAGGAAGGGGUGGACGAGUCGUUCCCGGCCGGGUCCAGCGUUUAUAGCAGCACGGAUGGGAGUGGCCUGGCAUAUAGUGAGGUCACUUUCGCUUUCGCUGCUUUUAAAAGCAUUACUGGCAAGCUAGAUAGACUGCAGUGCGUGGGCGAUGAGGUGCUUAUCACAGAUGGCAUUAUUACAGCGACCAUCAACUCGCUCAAGGAGAAGCUUGGCGAAGGGGCCCCUUGUGAUGAAAGCAUGAAUGACUUGCGCACCCUAAUCGGGACGUAUGCUAGGGAGACGUCCGGCGUUGCACGGGGGAAGGUGAAUUAUGUGAAGCGUGACUGGUGGAAUGAGGACUGUGCAGCUGCGUGGAAUGAUAUGAUGAGUUUCCGUAUGGAGAUCAGGGACCCCGUCUCGGGCAAGCUGCCGGCCAUACAUAGGGCUACCUGGAAGGCCAAGCACCGUGCCUUUAAGAAGGCCAGAAAGGCCGCUAUUCAGGAGAUUGAAUUGGAAAAUAUUCGGAGGAGGAUUAAGGACGCCCGGUCUAACCCACGCGGCUUGUGGACAUGGCUGCGUGGGGGAAAACCGCCUCCUUGCGGGAUCUCAGAUAUUAAUGGCUUUACCGAGCAUUUUUCCAAGGUGCUUAAAGGUGCAGGCCCCGCGCCUCUGCAGCAACUUGAGAUGGUCUCCGACGCAGUGGCUGCAGAGGCCGCUGCAGCAGCGGUAGCACAGGCGUCAGCCUUAGUGGCGGCGGCCAUGAUCCCUGAACCGCUCCAUCCGGCCCCGGGGCGCCCUUGGUUCGGGCAGGCGGGCAGCAAGCUCGUCACCGAGGCAUGGCUGCGGUAUGGAGUGGAUACGCCAGCGUCCCGCAACGUGGCCGUCUGGACAUUCCACACGGAGCCUAACCCGUCCCACCACCUCCGUAACUAUCCCUCUAUCCUCCCGCACCUCGCCGACAUGAGCCAGCACUUCGAUGACCUCCUGGCUGAUGACCUCCUGGCUUCCGGCGUCACCGAGCAAUAUGACCCCAGCCAGCGAUAUGCCAGUGAAGUCACCGCCAUCCUAGAGGCGGCCGCCACAGGGCCCGUCCACCGAGGAGACCUUCAGACACUCGCCAGCCGCCUCACGUUUGUGGUGCGAGCAUGCAGAUGGGGCUACACUUUCCUGCAGGGCAUCUACGACGCUCUCAGCACCCUGCAAUACCCCCCGCCGUCAUCAGUCGCCCUUCCUGAGGGGGCUCUUGACGACCUUCACUUCUGGCAGGACGUCCUCUGCCGGACGCCUCCGUCUGGGACGGUGUCAAGCGCUGUCUUUUGGCCAAUCUGGACUUGGCGCCUACCCCGGUGGGUGGUACCGCUGCACCACUUGCUUGCGGCGGCGGGUAUCGGAUCAGUGGCCCAGGGGAGUGUUACGGAGGAACUAGCACGGCUAGCCGUGGCGUUAUAUGGCAGCGUGGUCGCAGACAGCUCUUCAGUCAUGUACGAGUUGGGGCGGCGGGGCUUUGUACACUUCUGUGUGGAGGUCGCAGGGGUGCCGGAGGCGGACACCCUGCCCCGCCAGUGUGGGUCUGACCUCAAUCGGGGCCUGGUGUGUCUGUUCAUAGUGCAUGUAGUUGGCCGGUACGCGGCCUCCACCGUCACUGGCACACUGAGCGCCCUGGCGGACUGGCAGCGGUUCAUGGGGGUCUCGCCAGAGGCAUAUAUCAGCCGUGACCCGCUGGUCAAGCGAACCCUGGGCCAAGCGUUGCGGAGGACUGCUGCGGGGCCGGAGUCGGCACCGUCCAUGGCAAAGGCACCCCUGCCCCUGGGAGUGUUGAGGCUGCUCGUGGCGUGGCUACGGCUUUGUGACUGUGGAGCGGUUGAAGAUGGAUUGGACGUUUUUGAUGAAUGCCCCGCUUACAAGAGCAUACGGGCUAAGUACGAUGGUGACCUAGUCUUUGAGGGGUGCAGCAUGCGCACCAUUAUGACUGAGGCGCCACCCGUGGCAUUGCCCAGCUGCAACCAUCCCGUGACCACUAUCUCUUCCGAAUGGGCCUCGCCCGAUAGCGAUCACGAGGGAAGCUAG